GUACGCUUGCAUUUUACGACAUAAGUUAUCUGUUUAGACCAAUUUACGUCACCACAUGUGUGAUGGUACAACCGAGAGAAAUGCAAAAUAUGUUUUGGGCUCUUGUGUUGGAAGAGGGGAAGAGGUACAGCCAGACAGUGGAGCAGUCGUUCCAUAUCAGUAUGGCUGCUCUUGAACUGCCAGCUGAUACAGAGACAUUAAAGGGUAAACACAAUCAGACAGUAUCUGUGAUGGUUGCAAGCCAGAAGUCAGAAUUCCUCAUCUGUUCUCUGAACUUUAAACAUCUCACACAGCAGCCUCUAGACCUCAAUUUUAACGAAGGAGAAGAAGUUACAUUCUUUGUCAAUGGUCAAGGUUCAGUACAUCUGACUGGUUAUCAGCUUGAUGAUGAUAAAGACUUUGGUGACUUGGAAGGCCUUGACAUGGAGGAGGAAGAGGACUCAGAUAAUGAAGUGCCAGAACUUGUCACUCCUGGUAAAAGGAAGAAGGGUUCUGAAGCAGAUGUUCCAAAGAAGAAAACAAAAUGGUUAACACCAGGGGGUAGUGAAUUCUCUGAGGAUGAUGAUGAUGACAGUGAUGAAGAUGAUGAGGGGGAUAGUGACGAUGAUAUGAAUACUAUGGAGAUGCUGGACAUGGAAGCUGAAUUGAGUGAUGCUGAGGAUGAUGAUGAUUUUGAAAUUGAUGAUGAAGAUGAUGAUGAUGAAAGUGAUGAAGAUGACAGUGAUGAGGAAAUGGAACAAGUCAAAAAGACACCAAAACAGAGUGAAAAGAAGGCAAAGGAGACUCCAAAACAAGAGAAAGUAAAGGGAAAACAGACCCCAAAACCAGAACAGUCCAAAACACCUAAACAAGAUCAGAUGAAAACACCUAAACAAAACCAGAGCAAAACACCUCAACAAGACAAAAAGGAUCAGGCACAGAAGUCUGCUGCUACCCCAGUGAGUAAACCAGGAGCAGGUGGCGAUGCUGAGGCAGAACAGUCCGCUAAAAAGAAGAAGAAGAAAAAGAAGAAGAAGAACAAAGGCUUGGAAAAUGGCGACAGUAGUCCGCAACAGGGUGCGAAGACCCCCCAGCCAAACACACCUAAACCUGCUCAGAACCAGCAGACUCAGGGCAAGACACCACAGAACAAACCAGACCAACAGAGCAAGACUCCACAACAGAGCAAGACUCCACAACAAAGUAAGACUCCACAACAAGGAAAAACACCAAAAAAACAAGUUCUUGCUGGAGGAAUAAUUGCUGAGGACAUUAAUCUUGGGGAAGGUCAGCCAGCUAAAAAAGGCAAAAUGGCUCAUGUAUACUAUGUUGGAAAGCUGCAGAAAGAUGGGAGACAGUUUGAUUCCUGUACAGGUGGUAAACCAUUCAGGUUCAAGCUUGGUCUUGGUGAGGUCAUACAAGGCUGGGACAAGGGUGUAGAAGGUAUGAAAGUUGGUGGGAAGAGGAGAUUGACUAUACCACCACAACAGGGAUAUGGAAACCAGAGAUCGGGACCAAUUCCUCCAAACAGUACGUUAGUGUUUGAAGUAGAACUGAAAAAUGUCAGUUGAGAAAAUCCUUUAUAAUUGUGAUACACCAGACACUUAUACCAGAUGACAAUUACAUUCAAGUGACGUACAACAUCUUCGUUGUGGAUGUUUUGAAGGCAGCUAAUUUUGCUGGAAUUUCAUCUGUUUUAUUGACUUUUAAAGGAUAAGAAAAUUGUUUUAGUUGGUAGUCAUCCAUCAUUUCAUAACAUGUACUGUUUUUAGAGUCUUGCAUAUUUUAUCUUUAUACAACUACCAUUCGUCAUCUAUUUUAGAAUCUCUUGAUUGAAAUAAAAGCGAUGUUAAACAUAAGUUACCGAUAUAGUUCAGUUUUAGGAAAAGGGAAAUUUUGAACUAGUAAAAUUAAAUGGGUAGUAAAAUAACGUGAGGAUUUUGCAAAAUUUGGCAUUAACUGAUUACAUUAAAAUGUUUUUGCUUUUCUUGCCUACCUAGCAGGGAAACCAUACAUUUGUCCAAGCACACGCCAGGGAUCCUGUCUUUUCCUAGGGGAAAAACUUUGUCUAAAAUAGCGUGCACUAAGAUGACGUCACGUAAUACUGGCACUAUUGUGACGUCACAAACUAUAUAAAUAAUGUCGGGAAAUACCCAAAUCUAUUUGUCUCCAUGAUCUAUUUUGAACGUGAUAGGCAAGAAAAAUGAUCUAACAUGUCUGCCUGUGUAAGACAGCUGAUUUCCCAACCCUCAGGACAGCCUGGAUAAAAAAACCUCGCUAAAGCUCGGUUUUCCAUUCCACUGUCCCUCGGGUAGGGAAAACCCCAUCUUGCACAGGCAGGCAAGUAAGAUCCUUAUAAUCUCCUUUGAAAACUUAAAUAUAGUGUUCUACCUUUAUUUGGUAGUUUUUUGUAAUGACGUAAAUGCCUUCGAAAAGAAUGUAUCUAAUACACUGGUUGUCUGUUGCACAAGAUGUUAUAUUUUAUAUGAAGAAUGUUUGCUUGUAUGUGUAUAUGAUAUAAGUUUUUGUGCAUUCAUUACCCUGUUAUAAAUUUGAAACAUCUUGAAUGUUUUAACUGUGUUAUGUUGAUGUAUGCUGAUUAAAAUAAGACAGAACUGGGCAUUAUGUGCUGUUGGCAUUAAACAAAUACAUGCAGGGCUCCGGAAAUUUUGAUAACUCAAUCGGUCCGAAACGAAAAUCCUGACAUCGGCGCUACCCCACCCACCGCAUUCCCAAUAUUACAUAUUUUGUAAAACGUGAUAGGGUAAAGAAAUAAGCAUGUCAUGCAUUAAAACUGUGUUACCAGUCACCGCGCGUUACCAUACAAUGAAGACAGUUAUUCAGUGUUAUGUGUGAUCGUUACUUUGUUUAAAUUUCGAUGUUUUUCCGAGAUAAUACGAGGCAUUGACACCGUGUGCGUAACUAGUCUAAAAGCCAACGCACGUGACUUCAAUACCGUAUACACGGCAGAUACUUUCUGAUGUUUCCUCAUUCUUUGACGGAAUUCUAUAAAAUACAAUGCGUCAAAGUGAGUUACACGACACAUAUUCUCUGCUAAACAGCCUCAGUAUUUAAAGAAUACUCUGCCGCGGACCGAAUGUGUACGUUAUUUGAACGCUGAGAUCGAAUUUCCCGCAUGUAUAGUACCAAAAAGUCACGCGGGUUGGCCACGGAUAUUUCAUUUCACUUACGUUGUACUUCAAUAAGCAACUACAUUUUAUAAAGUUAUAUGUUCUCUUCUGAUGUAAACAAAAUUUCAUUUUGAAACGUUUUUUAAAAGACCGAUUUGAUAAACAGUGCCACUCCGGUUUUCUUUAUCAUUCGUGGUUGCCCGUCCAUUUUUUUCUUUUUUGUACAGUCGGGUUGCAAAGACGAUUUUCUGCAUUUGUUUCAACUGGAGCCCCAACAAAUGAAUCAUGUAAUUUUUUCAAAUCAAGUAAUUAUAAAAAUUAUUUUUAUCGGUUUUCCGUGUGAUGUCUUAUUAAAUCAAAGACCUAUAAUGUACAAUUAUAACUCUUUGAUUAAAUGCAGCGACCAUUUGUUUGUUACCGUGAUCAAACAUAGCCUUUUGAAAUAAACCAUCCGUCGGAUUCUAAAUAAAAGAAGUGGAUCCCCGUCGAAAUGAUUUGGAUCCAGUAAAGAAACGUUAGGAAACCAGUCAAAAAUGUUUAAUACACCGCAGUCGGCUGUCUGCAAACAUUAAAGGAUGUGCCGCGCGAGCACUGAUUGCGUCACGCGCUAAUUACGGACCGAUUAUCAAAGUGACAAUCAGACCGAUUGACACGUUUAUUGAUUAUCUGAAGGUGCGACCAACAAUUUCCUACUUGGCAGGUGAUCGUGUAUUGAGAUAUAAGACCGAAAUUUAUACUUUUCUCCAUUUUUACGGGACCGAUUUUUUUCGUUUUUUUCACUUCACGAAUCGGUCUGAAAAGUCAAAAAUCGGUCCAAAACCGACAAACCGGCAAAUUUCCGAAGCCCUGAUUACAUGUAAACGUGCCAUCAGGUUUUCAUAUAUCACUUUUCACCAUAUGUCUCUUAAUUUGAACAUUGAUGGUAAAUUUUGUAUUUUCUUGAUUCUGCUAAAAAAACACUUUUUCUGCUAAAUGUUUAUGCUUAGUACAAUCUUGCUUGUACUCGUGUUUAUGUAAUUAUAUCUGUCAUUUGUAAAUACAAACUUCUGGUAAACACUAUAGUGAAUUUUAAGGGUUGUAGGGAUUUUUAAACUUAAAUUUAUAAAUGUUUUUUUUUUUAUGUAUUGUUACUAGUAUACCAUAAAAUGGUGAUUUUUUGUAGAUCAGGUAUUACCUGCCAAGGUUUAAUGUUGGCUGUUUGGUCAAUUUAUCAAUAAGAAAGUAAUGAAAAAUAAGAAGUGUCUCCUUCAGUAGUAGAAACAACAACAAAAUUUGAGUUCAUAAUAACGCCAGUAACAAAAUUUUGUUAGCCAUCAGGUCAUGCAAUACAAGAAUUAUGUAAUCUACAAUAGUAAAAAGGCAUAAACUCUUGUCGUUGAGUGAACUAUACAUUACUAAUUUAGAGUGGCGGUCUAACUUGUAAACGUUACUGUUACAUUAGGUGUGAUUGAAUGGCUUGUGAGACUGUUAAAUGUGUGACUGUCUUGUUUUUGUUUCAAGUUGUGCAGUGUAUCUUAAAUUUGCGAUGUUGUUGAAUGCCAGAUUGUGUUCAGUGUACAUACAGUAGAUUAGCAAGGAAUAUCUGUCUUGAUACUUAUUUCAUACAAGUAACAUAAAAGUAAGCAUAUGUCAAGUAUAGUGUUUGUGUAAAAGAUAAUUUUCAGUUGUCAUGAAAUAGUACAUAAAAUUGAUUUCAUUGAUUAUAUUUGAAUGGAUUUUUCUGUUCCUAGAUAUAUCAAGACAUUUUUAGAUGUUUUCUUGUUAAUUUUUUUUGUAUGGAGCAUUUACUUGGGUAUAAGAUUAUAAAUAUUUUACUGUCUUGAAACUCUGGUGAUAAAAACUCAGACUGUAGAAACUAACUCGGUUUUAGACCUCUAGAUUUUUUUUAAGAUUUGGAAAUGGAAUUUAAAAUGUAUUACCGGUAGUUUCAACUAGCUAUCCUUGUGAACUAUUGUGUUCCCUUCUGAGGAACCCAAGAUGUAGUAACAAAAUUCAUAUUGAUCAGAGGAAAGGCUUGUACAAAAUAAUGAUAUAAAGAACAAAGAAAGCUGUUUGGGAAAAAAUUAAACCUGUUUGUUUAUAUGCAUACUUUACAGAUUUGAACAUGAAUGAUAAAUAUUAAACUAUUCCAAGUCUUUGUUAGGUGAGGAAAAUAUUGAAUGUAAAGUAACUGAAAAUGAGAAACUGUUUCAUUUCAUGUGCUCAUGUAAGUCCAUUGUUUUUGUCGAGAAGUCUUGAUUCAAGUGUCUUUAUUUGUUAAAAAGUGUCAUGUAUCCAUAUUCAUUGAUCUAUAAUAAAGUCUGAAAUCUACCUACUGUA